AUGUGAUGCUGGGUUGACCUCCACGGCUUAGCGGUCGGGAAGAUUGAAUCCUGGACGCCCAGUGAACUGGACACGGCAAACGCUUUCUUUCAUAAGGGACGCUUGUAACGUCAAUGGCACCUGUCACCCCAGAGCAGCUUUCUAAGUUCCACCAGGACGGCUUCUUGGUCCUUGAACGGUUUUUCAGCCCGGAAGAAUGUGAUGCAAUGAGGGCCCAGAUCCGAAACAUAGUUGCCUCUAUGGACGUGCCACCCCACUGCCGCACCGAGUUUUCAACCAAGGAGAUGGAACAGCUCCAGGCCCAGGGCUCCGCCGAAUAUUUUCUCACCAGUGGAGACAAAAUCAGAUUCUUUUUUGAAAAAGGUGUCUUUGACAAAAAAGGGAAUUUUCUUGUCCCAAAGGAGAAAUCUAUCAACAAAAUUGGUCAUGCAUUGCACGCCCACGAUCCUGUCUUCAAGCAAAUGACCCACGCGGCCAAGGUGCAGGGCUUGGUCAGAAAAUUGGGCCUUCAGAACCCCGUGGUGGUGCAAAGCAUGUACAUCUUCAAGCAACCCGGCAUUGGCGGAGAAGUGACACCGCAUCAGGACGCCACUUUUUUGCACACAAAACCUUUGGGCAAAGUUAUGGGUCUCUGGAUUGCUCUGGAAAAUGCCACGCCAGAGAACAGCUGUUUAUGGUUCAUUCCCGGUUCACACACAACUGGCAUCACGCGGAGGAUGGCCCGAGCUCCCCCUGGCACAGUCCCUUGCACCGAUUUCGUCGGCACCAAGCAGGAGUAUGACAACCGCCAGUUUGUCCCUGUGCCCGUGGGCAAAGGGGGCUUGGUCCUUAUCCAUGGUGAGGUGGUGCACAAAAGUGAAGCAAACUCUUCCGAAGAAUCCCGCGAGGUUUACACCUUCCAUCUGAUGGAGGACAAGGACGCUGUUUGGAGCGCCGAGAACUGGCUCCAGCCAACUCCAGAAUUGCCUUUCCCAUCUCUGUACACGUGCAGCUAAAACCUGGAACCUCUGCUUAGGGACCGCCGCACCUUUCGGAGACCGGCGGGGGAUGGCGCUGCUCUUCAGAUCUAAGUCUGUAGCAGGGGGAUUUCUACUUACGGCUUCAUGUCAUCUCGGAAUCUGCCGAGUCCAUUUGGGAGCGAGAGUGGGGGCUUAAAAAAACAGCGUGGUGUGGGGCUGAGAGCCUCAGAUCCUGGCUGGGGAAAGGCAGACUCUAGUUUUCGCUCAGCAGUGACCCACGUAGGGACGUUGUGAAGAGAAAGGAGGCACGCGGGGAAAGAGCCCUGCUUCUGGCUUGUGAUGGGAAGGGCAAGAGAGAAAUGCGAUAAAAUACUGACUGGGAUCACGUACCCACAAUGGACUACAUCUCCGUAAGAACAUCUCAUACUUCAGCAGCAUGGAAUGAAUUUCUAUUAUUGCCCUUUUAGAAA